AUGGGUACGUGCCGCGAUGGACAUUUCAACUUGGAUAUUGAGAUGAUUGCUAGCAUCCUCCGUGUUGAUAUAGAAAAAAUGCCAAGGUUUCCCAUCAAAGACUGUCAAACAGGCGUUCUUAAAGCAUACGCCAUUUCGAUAAGUAGAAGAAAAGUCUAUCUUGGUUGCAAGCGUGCUUUUGAAAAAGUCUAUGGUACUUGGGAGGGUUCUUUUGCCGAGUUACCGAGGUUCAUGGAAGCUUUGAAACACUUCAAUCUUGUAACAAUAGUUGAAUGGAAAACAGAGUGUCGUGUCAAUGUCAUUGAAAAUGUAUUCAACUAUGUGUUCUGGACUUUUAAACCAUGCAUUGAUGGGUUUGUGUUUUGUCGUCCUGUUAUAUCGAUCGACAGAACACAUGCCUAUGAAAAAUAUGAUAUCGAGUUGUUGAUUGCGAUUGGAAAAUAUGAUAUCAAGUAA